AUGAGUAAAAGUAGAGACGAUGGCACCAGAAGCGUUUUCUCUUUUAACAAUUCUUUCUCUGACUGUGUCCGUUUAGGUGCUGAACCUCCGGCUGAUCGGACAGUUGUGAUUGAAGAGUACAGGUUCUUGUCUCGAAAGCUGUUUGCUGCUGUGUCCGUCUUCGCUGGCCUCGGCAUCCUGCUCGGCAUCGUCUGCCUAACCUUCAACAUCUACAAUGGCAAUGUCCGCUACAUCCAGAACUCUCAGCCGUACCUGAACAACAUGACAGCGGUGGGCUGCAUGAUGGCUCUGGCUGCAGUGUUCCCGCUGGGGAUUGAUGGUCACCACGUCCACAGAUCCCAGUUCCCUGUCGUCUGCCAGUUCCGCCUGUGGCUCCUUGGCCUUGGCUUCAGCCUGGCGUACGGCAGCAUGUUCACGAAGAUCUGGUGGGUCCACACUCUCUUCACGAAGAAGGAGAAGAAAAAGAGAGAAGAAGAAGAAGGUAGCAGAGUCAGGGGGAGGGAUAAGCCUCUCAGCGGUCUCAGGAGAGUAGAGAAAGGAUGGGAGAGGGAGGCUGGGCCGCGCAGCAUGUGUGGCGCCGGCUGA